AUGGACCACACCACGCCAGCACAGCAUGAUCAGAAGCGGACCGACCAAGCUACUUUGGCAAAGCUGACCUCGCCCCCAACUCCAAACCCAAAUGAUACCAUCACACCCGCACAGAAUCAGCACAGAACAACAAAUACGGAGAGAGGCAGCGUCAACGACACACUCACAUCCUCAUCCGAAUCUUACAAGGAGGCCCCCAACGUCGAGACCGCUGAAGUUAACGGCGACGACAGCAGCGAAGAUGGCAUCGACUGGAAACCCGGCUUCCGCCAGCAGUUCCCAUGGAUCGGCUUCUCGGGUCUCGUCAUCAUUAUCGUCGCAACCUCCAUGGCUGUCGCUGUUCUCGGUGCAUCAAACAACGAACGCGUCAAGGACUGGCCAUUCACACGCUUCCCCAUCCAACCCAACGUGUUGAUCAACAUUGCCAACCAGUUCCAGAACCUGGGCUUGAUCACAUUCAUCAGUCAAGGUUUGGCCAUCGCAUGGUGGAGGAAGGCUAUGCAAGGCAGCUCCCUCGGCACACUACACAGGAACCACGCAUACUCAUACAGCUUCUACUCCAUCGUGACAUCCGGGAAGCACUUCAACAUUGUUGCGCUUGCGGCACUGAUGACGAAGUUCGCCAUCAUCGACAGUACACUAUUUCAGAAGGCGACCAAGACCAUCGUCACGCAACAAGUCAACUAUAAAAAUGUAUCGGUCACGGGUUGGAUGGAGACCAACUGGCCUGUGAAUAGCGGCGGUGUCCCGGGAGAGAACGGAGCAAUCAAGACUGUUGACACAGCUUGGGCUGGUGUGAUCAAUGCCUACAAUGGCAAGAUCGCAAACGGCAAAGUGCACGACACCUUGCGUAACAAUGCCUCGUUCUUCGACUGUCCCUUCCGACAAGAAUGCAGUGGCGCCUUCAAGGCUCUGGGCUUUGCGUUCAACUGCAGCACCACCACCGAAGACGUCAACUAUGGUCUGCAACAUCAAAGCUCAGCUGGUGGCGUCGAGACGACAUACCCACUGUGGAACAUCGGCUUCUCAUCCUCCUGGGCAUCCGACACCAAGCCAUACGCGAGCAUCAAUAUGGAUAUGCUGUACGUCGAUAGCCACGCCGGCGCUACAGACAACGAUUGCCCAGGCAGCCUCACACGACGAACAUGCGAGAUCCGGCCAGCCAUCGUCGAAUACCCCGUCACAGUGAUGGUGCCCUCUGAGGAAGAGCUCGAGGGAAGAAACAUUGUCACACACGUCAAGUUCUAUACCGACAAUAUCUCGCACCCACUCAGCACGCCUAUCACCGAGCCGCAGAUCGAUCAACUCAAGUUCCUCGAAUACGUCGACCUGAAGGAGAAAUUCAACGAGACAUCCACCAUUGGAGCUCUGGUCUACGUGCUCAACAACCUUUACUCCAGCUCAGCGAACCUGACAUACAAGGAUGAUUGGGACAUUGUGCUCCGUGGCGGCCAAGCGCAAACCACCUUCUUCGCCGACACCGACACCGAGACCUUCAGCCGAUGUUACUACGACAUUGACCGCCCGGACCUUGACGAUCCCACAGUCGAACUGCUGCGCAAAAUCAACACGCUCUCCUUCGUCGCUGCCCUGUACCUAAAAGGCCAGCCCACCACUGAUGUGCACAACCGCACUGCCGGCGGCAUGUCCUCCCAAACGGCGCUCACCUCGGUGACCGGCAUCGUCGAAGAGUACAAGACAGACUUCAACUAUGUCGGUGGCGCGCUAGCGGCCAGCUUUGUCACCAUGCUGCUCGUUCUCCCCGUGUACUGGGGAUUCUGGCAGCUUGGUCGCAAGGUCACGCUCGGCCCGCUCGAGAUUGCAAAUGCGUUCAACGCGCCCGUCAUCAGACCGGACUAUGUCAAAGCCCAGCACGGUGAUUUCGAAGAGGUGUUGCAGGAGGUUGGGAAGAGGCGGGUGAGGUAUGGACAGCUCAGAGAUGCACCGCCUGGUUCUAUGGGUAUCGCCGAGCCUGACAACGUCGUCAAACCCAGCUACAGGGAGAGCAGGCGGUUUACGAGGGCGCAGCAGGGCGUUGUGGGUGUGGGAUUGGGUGCUACCAUCGGUGACUAUCAGUCCCAGUCUUCAAGUAGUUUACACGCCGCGCAGCAGGAAGGUAUUUAUGACUGUAUUGGCAAGGACCUCGUCGCGGCAUAUCUCAAUAACCCCGAUACCAUCGUUGUAACGGCAGUUCGAAAGGCUGCGUCUACAGACUCUCUGCAUUCGCUUUCGAGGACCUAUGGAACUCGUAUUGUCGUCAUCAAGGUCGAUGUUGCUUCCACUGAUACCAUCACACGUGUUAUCACAUCUUGGAAAUCCGAGCACAACAUCAACUCUCUUGACGUAGUCCUCACCAAUGCUGGCAACGCCAGUUUGAGCCCCAAGCUCAUCGAGUCUGAGGUCUCCGAUAUUCAACCCUUCAUCGACAUUAACGCAUACGGCCAAUUGGAGCUGUUCAAAGCCGUGGCGGCAUUGCUGCGCGAGUCGAAGAGCGAGACCAAGGGCAAAUUCAUGUGGCUCUCUUUUGAGCAGCAAGACGUCAUUGUCUGGGCACAAUAUCCGGGCAUGGCCGCGACAGAGAUGGCCGAAGUAGCUUUUGAGAGGCUCAAACCGAAAGGGAUUGAUAUGGCACCGUCGGCUGCGUCAGUGGAGCAAGCUGUCAAGAUAUUCUGCAGGUGGUCAACAAUGCGACUUUGGAGAAGACGCAUGACAAGUUCCUUUGACCCGAUGGCCGAGCUACCAUGGUAGAAGGUUAUUGCAGUAAAUGCAAUAAAUGAAGGUGUAACCGCGCAGGGCAGUAAGUCAGGGCGAACUGCGCGAAGCAGUAAAAAUCAGUAUAUCAUGUUGUUGUUGUGUGUUCCGUUCUCACCAGACCCUCAGCAGGAUCUGUUUGCAUGACGUAUUUGUCGUGCAGCCGGG